UGUGAACGGGAUGGGAGGUGCCUGUAGGUAGUCGCCCGCCGGAGAUAGUUCAGAGAUAACAAUUAAUAAUGAGUACCGAACUAGAUUUAGUUGAAAAGAGAAUCACACGAUUAGAAAAAUUUGUUCUAGGGCAGGGUGCUAGUGAGCAUGGUGAAGAGAAGCUUAUAGACACAUUAUUGGGAGUCUCCGAAAAAUUGGCCAGUGUUGUUUCAAAAAACGAGAAAGUUUCCUCUGCGUUGAAAAGAGCUGAUGAAGUAAAAAAAUAUGCUGAUCCUCUAUUUGCUGAAUGUGAUGGAUUCGUUUCUGACAAUGUCAAGCUUCAACUCCUUCACUCUAAAGAAGGGGAUAUAAAAGAUGCACUUGGACACCUCCAGAAAUUAAAUGCAAUUAAAUCGGUACUUGACAGUCAAGCAAUUAAAGAUGUUCCUCAUCUAGAAGAUAAAAUUAAUAAAAUUUCAUUACACCAAGAAACCCAAGAAAAAAAAGUAUUGAGUCUCUCUGAUGAUACAUGUGCACUAAUAAAAUACUACAGCAAUUUUGUUAAUGAUGUUUCACAGAAAUUGGCUGAGAUUGAGAAAUUGGUUCACAUCAUAGAAGUGCAGUCAGUGAAACAGUGAAAUAUGAUUCCUUUGGGCAAUUUCAUCUGUUUGAUGGAAUUUUGUCCAUAAACAUAACUGUUCCCUAUGUAACAAAUUUAUUUUCUUUCAUCCCUUAAAUAUCUUAUGUUUGCUAAAAACAAAACACAAGCAAAAUAAAAAUGUAAACAAUACACAGGAAACCAUCA